UUUAUUUAUUCUGAAUGAGUAUUGAGAAAGUGUGAAUCUCAAGUCCAUUUCCAGUGACUGUGCCGUUUGUGAUGAAGGGAACUUGUAUUUCUCUUCUCAAAACCUGCAAAUCAUUGCGGCAGCUGAAGCAGAUUCACUCUCUCAUAUUCUCCAAUGGUCUCCAACAAGACAGAGACACCCUCAACAAGCUCAUGGCUGUUUCCAUUCAACACUUUCACUAUGCACUUUCAAUCUUCAAUCACACCCAACACCCAUCUUUGUUCACCUACAAUCUCUUCAUCAAAGCCUUCUUCAAAAGGGGCAGUUUCACCACAUCCCUUUCUCUUUUCUACCAACUAAGACAACACGGCCUCUGGCCUGAUAAUUACACCUACCCUUAUGUUUUAAAGGCCAUUGGGUGCACGGGAGACGCUGCUCAAGGGGAAAAGCUUCAUGCUUUUGUCAUCAAGACUGGUCUUGACUUUGAUGCUUAUGUUUGUAAUUCCUUGAUGGAAAUGUAUGCUCAAUUGGGUCGUCUUCCUUGUCUCCGACAACUGUUUGAGGAAAUGCCUCACAGAGAUAAUGUAUCUUGGAACAUCAUGAUUUCAGGUUCUGUUAGGUGUAUGAGAUUCCAGGAGGCUGUUGAAGUUUUUCAGCGGAUGCGGAUGGAAAGCAAUGAGAAGCCUAGUGAAGCUACUGUUGUGAGCACUCUAACCGCGUGUGCAGCGUUGAGGAAUGUGGAGGUUGGCAAGGAGAUUCAUAGUUAUAUUGAAAAGGAAUUGGAUUUUACAAUCAUAAUGGGGAACGCAUUGUUGGACAUGUAUUGUAAGUGUGGAUAUGUGAGAGUGGCCCGCGAGGUUUUUGAUGGGAUGGCCGAGAAGAAUGUGAAUUGUUGGACAAGUAUGGUAACUGGGUAUGUGAAUUGCGGUCAGUUGGAUCAAGCCAGAGAUUUGUUUGACAAGAGUCCAACAAGGGAUGUGGUUCUUUGGACGGCUAUGAUUAAUGGGUAUGUUCAGUUUAAAUGUUUUGACGAGGCAAUUGCAUUAUUUGGGGAGAUGCAAGUCAGAGGAGUGAAGCCUGACAAGUUCAUUGUGGUUGCUCUCCUUACAUGUUGUGCUCAGUUGGGAACUCUAGAGCAUGGCAGAUGGAUUCAUGAUUAUGUACUUGAAAACCAAAUCAUGGUGGAUGCUGUGGUUGGUACUUCCCUUAUUGAAAUGUACGCCAAAUGUGGUUGCAUAGAGAAAUCUUUGGAGGUUUUUAAUGGAUUAAAGGAAAAGGAUACUGCCUCGUGGACUUCGAUUAUUUGUGGACUGGCCAUGAAUGGUAAGACAAACAAAGCACUGGAGUUGUUUGAAGAAAUGAAAACAUUUGGGGCAAAACCUGAUGAUGUUACGUUUAUUGUUCUUUUGAAUGCGUGUAGUCAUGCAGGAUUGGUAGAAGAAGGACGCAAGUUAUUUCAUUCCAUGUCAUGUAUAUAUGGUAUUGAGCCAAAUUUAGAACACUAUGGCUGUUUCAUUGAUCUUCUUGGUCGAGCUGGACAGUUACAUGAGGCGGAGGAGUUGAUAAGGAAGUUGCCAGACCAAAAAAAUGAGAUAAUAGCUGCAAUUUAUGGGUCUUUGCUAAGUGCCUGCAGAACUUAUGGUAAUAUUGAUAUGGGUGAAAGGCUUGCUACAACACUGGCAAAAGUGAAAUCCACUGAUUCAAGUCUUCAUUCACUCCUUGCUAGCAUUUAUGCUUCUGCUGACAGAUGGGAAGAUGCGAGCAAGACGAGAAGUCAGAUGAAAGAUUUGCAUAUCAAAAAGGUGCCGGGAUGUAGUGCCAUUGAGGUGGAUGGUACUGGCAAUAGAGGAGGAGUUGAGGACCUUUCCCACUUCCAAAUCAAAAUUGGUCUGCCUACACGGGAUAGUUGCUCCACGUGUGGGGACCAUAAUGGGCUCUCAGAUUUGCCUGAUAUGAAAAGUUCUACUGAAAUCAUGGAGGUGUUUGGUGUGCAUCAUGAGGUGAGAAUAGUUUCAGCAUACCGAACUCCAGAAACAAUGUUCUCAUAUGCAUUGCCUGCUCAUGCGUGAGGUACACUUGUUUGUAGUUAUGCUGCUGGUGGUGGUGCACAGCUCACAUGCCUGUGCGUGGUUCUUCCGUAGAUGGACUUCAUUCACUCUUGUUGAUUGUUCAGGCGGUGUAUUAUCAGAGAGAAUAGAAGAUAAAAUACCAGGAGCCAUCAGGAUUUUGUGUGUUUUCAAUGUAAUGAAUUGCUUUGGCAAGGCAGUGAUGUAUUUCCUUUGUUCUAUGAUACGGGUGUAGCUUUGUGAAGAGUACCAGGGCUUGCAUUGCAGAACCAGUGCACUCAACAUACCUAUUAAUUUCACAACAAGGAACACAUAUGCAGCCAUCUUCUGCGAGCCAGAAGUAAUCCGGGAUUCGGGCUAAAUGAAGUUUGUAUGCCUCUGAGUUUGGGUCUUCAACCCAACGUGCUAUCAAACAUAAUACUUUCUCUACACUUCCAAUGCAAAGGUUCUUUGGGAGGAAAUAGAUGGAGUUUUGGACGAAGACACAGCUUUGGGGAGGAAACUGGAGCAUAUAUUCUAGUGCAGAGGCUACAUGUUUGAUUCUGAGCAGGGGACAGGGUCCUCAUCUAAAGGAAGGUUUGCCUCAAUGAAGUGAUCAAAAUGCGAAUAAUGUGAUGAUGACAAGGCGUGAUGUUUCAACAAGAACACAUUCUCACUUCAUUUAAGGUAUGGAAGGGCUAUGCGAAGUUGGUUGGACGAUGAUUACGAGCUUGGUGUAGUUUUCUAAGAUAGAUGCUGUACAUUCUGAAAACUAGUUUUUGAAAGAUAGUUUUGAAUACAAAUACUUGACUAUGUGGGAAUCCACCAAAUGAAAUUAUUUCAGUCUUAUAUUAAUGUAUAGUUAUUUAGAAUAGAAGUAAAUGUAUAGUAGACCUGAUGAUUAUAUAAGUAGCGAAUAAUUUCCUUUUUAUGUUGAGGCCCUAAAACCUGAUGAAGGGAUCCUGUAAUAUAGAGGGCCAUCACCUGCAUGGAUAGUAAAGGUUGUUAGUUAGUUAGAAAUAUGAAUGAAUGUGAAUAUGUA